AUGUCAGCUCCACCAAAACUCAAGUCGGCAUUGAAGAAAUCGUCCAUUCCAUCAUCUUCAAAAGCAGGUCCAUCGAAAUCCUCUGCCGCUUCUUCUUCUUCUAAACCUUCAGCGAAUAAAGGCAAAGCGAAGUCCAAACAUUCAGUGACUUUAGCUACUAAAGCACAAAGAUUCAAGGGGUCAGAUCUGGAAUCUGAGAGCGAAGGAAACGCAUCUGGAUUUGAAGACCAAGAUGAGGAUGAUGAAGGAGAUAUAGAUAUGGAUAAUGAACAAGAGAUCGAUACCGAUGAAGAGAUUGAAAAGAGUAAAGAAGGUAAAGAGAAAAAACCUACUAAACGUAAAAGACCCGCUACGACAGCAUCUACGUUCGGAGAAACAUUGGCAACUUUGCUAGCUGAUCCAAUGGUGACCAAAUCGAAAUCAAAAAAGGCAAAGACAGAUUCAUCCUUAGACAAACAGAAAAUCAGUGUGAAAUCAGUUACAUCAAAAGAUCAAGCACCAAUUUUAGCUCUUUCAGCACAUAAACCACCUACGAAAUCAUCAGUUUCAAUAGAAGCUAAAGCUAGAAGACAAUUAAAAGUUGACAAAGAAGAGAAAGAAGAUCAAGCCAGAGUCACAGAUGUAGUUGAAGGUUGGGCAUAUGGUGAUGGGGUCAUUGGUGGUCAAGAAUUCGAAAGGGGUUUGAGAAAAACUGCUCAAAGAGGUGUGAUCAAACUAUUCAAUGCAAUUCUCUUAGCUUCAAAAAAUUCGGAAGCAGCUACUACGUCAUUAUCAGCUCAGGCGAAACUCAAACCCGAAGGACCCAAAUCGAAGAAAGAGAAGGACAAUAUCCUCGGUAGAGGUGGUAAAGAAGAUGUUUUGACCAAAGAGUCUUUCUUGGACAUGGUCAGAAAGGGUAGUUCACGAUAA